AGCCAUUCCAGACAUGCAGCCAAGAAGUUGUCAUUUCCGACGUAGCUACUUCCACCACUUGGAGUGCUGUUGGGGACCAAAACCUUCAAUUUCUGCACUCCAGUGGAUAUGGCUGUAGCAUGUUUUCACCUUCGAGACUCUCUCCUGUGACUCCCCGAUCUCUCGUUAGCUGUUCUUAGCAGCUAAUGAGAGCAGUCGGUGGCAGUAGCUCGGCUAAGGUAUGCCUCGGAAAAAGAAAAACGGCCAGAGCCCAGCCAGGCAGCCCAACGGGCCACCCGAGGGAGGACGACCCGCGGGCUACCCACCACCUCAGAGAUAUGACUUCCAUCAGAGCAGCGCCGAAAAGGAGAACAUCCUUAAAAGAAUGCAGGAGAUGUUUUCACAUCUGGACCCAGAGGUUAUACACAUCGUGCUCUCUGAGUGCGACUUUAAAGUUGAAAAUGCAAUGGACUCUCUGCUGGAGCUGUCUGGUGCAGCUGAAGGCCUGACCCCACAACUUCCUCCUGUCUCUGGCUUCGAGCGCACUGCUGCAGCGUUGCUCAGCCCGCAUCAUUUUUCCCAACCGAAUCCCGAUGGACAUCCCUUCGGCGGGACGGCACAUCACUCCUCCUCCCCUCCGUCUGCAAACCUGCUGACGGAGGACCUGGACCUGCUCAUCGAUCAAGAGCUGGAGACGCUAACCGAGCAGCGAGAUGUCAAGGACGAGGCGCCUGGCAGCGUGUCAUCGUCUCUCCCUUUAUUCCCUCCUUCUCCUGUUCCUCAGCAGGCACUCCCGGAGCUGCUUCAGAGCAGCAUGAAAGCUGCAUCCAAGGAGCGCUUUCCCACCCAGCCGUCCCUGUCGGGCGGACAGGUGGAGGGUCGGUCUGGAGUUUCCUCUCCCCUGAACCAGCUCAGCACCUGGGGAGAUGAAGUCCUGGAGACACAGCAGGAUGUGCUGGAUUUUACACACCUGACAGCAGAAAGCUCUACAGACAAGUCUAAGCCUCCGUUGGACCUAGCAGCGUCGGGACGUCCCUCUGCUUUCCAGGUGUAUAAAAAGCAGGAAACGCCUAAGACUGCUCCAGAAUGGACCGCACCCACAUACUCGGAUUCAUUAGCCACCGGAGCCAGAUCCAAAGCGAGUUUACUAAAUAGCAACCCACAUGGCUUUGGGUCAUCAUCCUGGAACUUGGGUGCACCAGCGUUCUGCAGUCAGGUCCAAGGAAGCCAGAGGCCAGCCUUUAUCACCCCCGUGGCUCAGGGACCCUCCUGUUGGCUCAACCCUUCUAGACUUGCCUCCCCCUGGCUGAACACGGGCCCCAUCAGUCAGUCGCCUCUCAAACCUUCUGCUGUCCCCAAGUCUUGGGCCCUUCCAGUGGCCCCACAGUCCCCUACUCUCCAUAGCAGACUGCAGUUGCAAGGAAAGGUGCUUGUGCUGCUUCGUGGUGCCCCAGGCUCUGGCAAGUCGACCCUGGCAAGGGCCUUGUUGGAGCGUAACCCGGGCGGAUUCGUGCUUAGCACUGAUGACUAUUUCAGCCGUGGUGGAAGGUACCGAUUUGACCCCAUGGUCCUGGGGGAGGCCCACGAGUGGAACCAUAAACGAGCCAGGGAGAGUUUUGAGCGUGGCAUCAACCCCAUCAUCAUUGAUAACACCAACAUGCAGGGAUGGGAGAUGAAACCCUACGUGGUUCAGGCGCUGAAACACGGCUAUAAGGUGUUGUUCAAAGAGCCGGACACUUGGUGGAAAUCCAAGCCCAGAGAGCUGGAGAGGCGUACCACCCAUAACGUACCUGCUGAAACAAUUCGCCGGAUGCUGAAUGGAUACGAGCGCUUUGUCACGGUUCAGUCCAUUAUGAGCUCACACAUGCCUGAGUUUAAACCGGCUCUUCUGCAGGAGAACUGCCACUCGCUGCCUGUCUCUGCGGACACGCCCUGUCCAGACCUGGUAGAUCGGUCCAGACUGAAUGAGGAAUGUAAAAGUUCCCACCCUCAGCUUUAUUCCUCUCUCCCUGACGUGUCGUCCAUCAGCGGCUCCGAUGACGCUGGAAUGCCUGACGAAGCUUCCUGUGAAUCCACCGAGUCGCUCGACCUCCAGCUGCUAGGAAAACAAUCCAGCAGGCCAGAUGCUUUUGAUGCGGAGGAUAUUUAUUCGGGUCAAGUGGAUUCUGAACUGAACCCCAGUAAAAGAGAAGGGAGAAUCCCAGAUUGCAUCGUGGAAUCUGUGAUGAAUGAAGACCACUCUGAUGAAGUUCCUGUGGCGUUUUCUGAAUCUAUUGCACAAAGAGUGAAGAGGGAGAGAUCAAAAAGGUCUGGUUUUGACCAGGCAGAGGCUGUGGACCUCGUUAAAGAUACCAACUCAUCAGACAAGGACACUUCAGCAGAUGAGCAAGCAGAGGAGGAGACGGUGGUGGGGAAAGGAGAAGAGAAGAGGAACUCUGAGAUGCUUCAUUUCGUUGGAGACUGGCCUUCUGAAGAGUCUCUUCAGCAGCGACCGGUGAAGAGAGGAGAGAGGCGUACAGCAACACAAGGAAAGGAGAUAGGAGAUGAUGAAAAAUCAAAGAUCGUAACAUCAGGCCCGGAUAUAACCGAGUUGCAAAAGCUUCUUGACCUUAUUCAGACCGGUGUGGUCACAGAUCAGAUGUGUUCAUCCUGCUCACUCUCUCCUAGCUCCGGGGAAGAGAUUGAGAAACAGGAUGAAGGUGGCAAGGUGGAAGAAGUUAACAAAACCGAAGAGAGGCAGCAAAAUCGGAGUAAAGCUGGCUUACCUGACUGCGUCCAGGACUGGAAGACAAAUGACUCACAUAACAGCACUGGCUGUUUCGAAGGAGUCGAGAGUGAAAACAAAGUGAAUACUAACACAGAAAGGAUCUCUGAUUCUUCAGAAACUGGGAAGGAACUACUGGAGUCAACAGAUGUAUGCAGCGAUCAAGUUGGAAACAAAGACGCAGAUCUGAAAGAAAAUCGCAGAUCACAGGGAGCCGAGUCGAUUAUGAAACACGUCGGUGAGGGUCCUGAAAGUCCGGCGCCUGAGUUAUCUGCAGAAGCAGAAAGUUGUGGCAGCAGUCAGGAGAAAAAGCAGCGACAGGGUCGGAGAUCCGGGAAGCAGUGCAAGUUGGCCCUCACCUUCUCUCACAACUCUUCCAUGAAUGAUUCAGACUGUUCAAACUCUGCAGCUGAAAAUACGGACAACAAAAAAAGCACAAACUCUGAUGCCAAAGUGAUCAAUUUUGACCUGAAACCGGAUCUGGACCUGCUCUCCCCAUCCCGCCCUGAGCUACCAACCGCCUUCGCUUCAGUAGAAAUGAGCAGCUUCUCUCAGACAGAACCGCAGGACUUCGCUCUUCUCUGGCGUCUCAACCGUCGCCAUGGCUCUGACGGCGCCGUCGUGGUUGCCAGCGGACACUCCGGCGACAUCCGGGUGUUGGAAGGAAACUCUUCUCGUUUUGUGCCGUGGCUGUCCUCCACGGCAGCUGCUGCGAACUCAUCCAGCCUCAUGGAGGUGCCGUACCGGGUGGUGCACGAGAAGGGCACCCAGCUGGAGGAGAAGGAGCUUGGGGUGACUCAGAACCGGCUGGAGAGCUUGCGUAUCCUCAGCCGCCAUUUUAAACUCGUCAGUUUCGAUACGUUAGAGGAUCUGUAUGACAAGUGCAGCCAGGACUUGGAAUGGACCACCAACCUCCUGCUGGACUCUGGAGAGAGGUUCUUCCGGGAUGAAGAUUGUGAUGACAUCCAACCGUCCAGCCGAGCUUUGAGUGAGGUUUCAGAUACUGGUGAAUGUCUGGAACCGGUGAGGGAGGGUGAGUCUAAAGGAGAACAAACUGGGGCUAAAGAAACAGCACAGGAGUUGACUCAUGAGACAGAAAGGGGGUCAAACGAAGGACACAAAAAAACCGACAUACCAUUUGGAGGGGAAUCGGUUUCAGUUAUAGUCGAUGAGCAGUCAGAGCCAGCUUCUGACCAAGAACCAGUUCCUCAGAUGGAACCGCCCCCUCCCGAAGCAGUCGAACUGGAGCGCGGCUCCGACGCCGACCUCCUGGUCGCAGAAGCUGAUUUCGAAGACGGAGCUUGGGGCGGGAGCGAAGACAUCUUAAACUUUGAAACUGAAACCACCGACGAUAUUGCGAGCAUGGAUGAGAUCAACCGACUUCUGCAGGCUGAGCUGGAAGAGAUGGAAAGAGAACAAAGUCAGAGGAAAGCAGAGAGGCAAAGCCAACAUCUGAACAUCCAAACCGUGGAGCUGAAACUCUCAACGGAGCUGGCACUGCAGCUAACAGAGCUGUUCGGUCCUGUCGGAGUAGACCCAGGCACGUGUUCAGCGGAUGACUUUGCUGUGCUGAUGGAUCUCAAUCUGGCUAAACUUCUCUACCAAAAGUGGAAAGAAACUAUCCAGGAAAGACAAAGACAAGCAGCUCUGUCUUUCCAGCUGCUCGAGGAAAAGCGGACACAUCCGGGUAGUUCCCUGACGAGCAAAAAUGGCGACAUGCCACUGGCCGGCCAGCCAGACGCCAGCGCUCGGAUCCCGUUUAUGGAUCACUGGAACGUGUCCCGUCCACACGUCUCUCUUAGAGACAUCAUCAAAGAGGAGCAAGCUCUGCAGGCGAACAUGCAGAAGACCAGACAGAGUCGCGUUGACCUCCACCGCCGGGAUGGAGCUUCGUUGUUGAAAGAGAAGCAACUUUAUGAACUUUUCCCCACAAUCGACAAGCAUUUUCUGGAGGACAUCUUCAGAGAUCACAAUUACAGCCUGACCCAGACUGAGUUGUUUCUACGCUCUCUUCUCAACGAGGAGGAACCUGUGAAGACGGUUGUUGCAGUGGAAGCUCCUCGGUCGGACCAGCACAGAGCAGCCAGCAAGGAAAGGGAAAAGAAGCAGAAGCUGUUGGAGUCCGCUGUUUCCAACUAUCAGGAUACAGACGAUCCAGAGUACGAAGACUUCAGGGCUGAGGCCAACCUUCAGAGGAGGCGCCAGCUUGAGAACUUUGCGAAGGCUGCAGAAGCUUUCAGGCAGGGCCGCAAAGAAGUGGCUUCGUUUUACGCACAGCAGGGACACUUGCACGGCCAGCGGAUGCGUGAGGCCAAUCACAGAGCAGCGGUGCAGAUAUUUGAAAGAGUCAACUCGUCACUGCUGCCCAGAAACAUCCUGGACCUUCAUGGGCUGCAUGUGAACGAGGCCUUAGAGCACCUGGCUCAGGUCCUGCAGGAAAAAACUGCAGAGUGCGAGCAGGGUCUGUGUCAACCUCAGCUCUCUGUCAUCACAGGAAGAGGGAACCACAGUCAGGGGGGAGUGGCCCGCAUCCGGCCCGCUGUCAUAGACUACCUCACCAACAAGCACUACAGGUUCAGCGAGCCAAAGCCAGGCCUUGUGUUGGUCUCUUUGAAGUGAAAAGACCCGGUUUCUGCUGCUGCGAACCAGAACUCUCUUCAUCUCUCGCUCUCUUUUUUCAGUGCUGCAGUUUAUAUAGUGGGUAAAAGCUCAGUAAAUAUUUGUAUUCCUUUGAUACAAAUACCCCUCUUCAUCAGUCCUGCACCUACUAAAAAGACAGAACGUCAUAUAUUUACUGAAAAUAAUUUUAAUCCUUGUCACCUUACAUGAAGGGACUCCAUUGUUGUUAAACAGAAAUAAGUUAUUAUUUGUCAGUAAAAUGGUUGCAACCAUUUACAUUUUAUUCUAACAUUUUUCUAUGGUGUAUUUUUUACCUCCUUAUAUGUUUUAGAUAAUCAGAUUUUGAAGUUUUGAGACUCCGGGGAGUCGUGUUUGAACUCUACUGUUCAUGUUUUGCCCGUCUUUAAAUCGGCAAUGAUGCUUUGUGCAUAAUGGAGGCUUCCCUUGCAGUGUUGAUGUAACACGUUUUUGAGACACAGUUAAUGCCUUAAACUUUAUGUCCUUUUACAUGGUUUUUACAAAGUCGACGGCUUUAAAGAAGACGGAGCUUUUCCUCUUGAUUACAGUCUUACAGACGCCACAUGCUGUGUUUUACGCUUCACAGAUCCGGCUCUACGAAACCGAUUGAGCAAUCUCUGCUGUUGCUUCUGAAGGCAGCUGCCUCCUUAACAGAAUGUUUUUAUAUUUGUGAGAAAGGUUAGCUGCUAACACUCAAUCUCAGGUGACCCGGUGUGUCGGCUGUUUUCAGCUCAUUCCUUGUAGUUUUUAAAAUGUCUUUUGCCAAAUGUCAUACCAGCUGUCUUCCAGAGGAUGCUAUUUUUAGUUUUAAAAAGUUAAAUUGCCUUCUUAUUUUUCUAAAAGCAGUUCACUUUGGUGUUUGUAUAUAUUACUGUGAGCACACUAAAUCUAAAGAAUGUAUUUUUAGCCAGUGUGUCUAUACAAUUUUACAGAGCAUGAUGUUUGUGAAAUAAAUCUAUUUGUUUACAUGUA